AUGUGGGUGCCUGCAUAUUUUAGAGAUCUUUAUAUGGGUGGUUUGCUUAGAACAACAUCUAGGUCGGAAAGUGAGAACAAUUUUUUCAAUUACUUUGUGAACAAAUUUCUUACAUUAGUUGAACUCCAAAUGACGUUUCAAAGUGCGAUGGAUGUUCAAUGUUAUAUGAUGCAGACACUAGAUAGUAAAUGCAUGUUAUAUUCGGCACCUUUGAAGACUCGUAUCCCUCUUGAAAAACAUGCUUCUAGUGUCUACACAGAUGUUGUUUUUAAGGAUUUUCAAGAACAAAUUCUUAGAGCACGCGAUGAGUGUGGUUUUGAAAAGAAUUUCAUUAGAGAUGGCAAGGAUGUGUAUUGUGUGGUACAUUUCAACACUGGGACAAUUUUUGAAGUUGUGUAUGAUGCACAAACAUUGUGGACAAAAGAUGCUAGCAAAACACCUGUCUAUGAUAUUGAUGGCACGUUAUUGGAUGGUAAUAAUGCUAUGGAAUCUAAAAAAGGGGUUUUAGGAGAUGAUUGGAAUGAGGUACAUCGAUGCAUUAGUUUGGCAGAAGAUGAUGAGGAUGAUUUGGUUGAACUUUUGCACAAAAUGAAGUUGUAUUCAGCUAAGCUUUUAGCAAAAAAGAAUCGUGGGGUUGAGAAGACAAAACGUCAAGAGUUGGAAAAGUUUUUGGGUUGCGAAGCUCCUACAACAAUUACAAUUCAAAACCCUAAACAAUCUUCAAACAAAGGCAAGAGGAAAGAAAAAGAUCCACAACAAAAGGAUACUGAAGAUGAAGAAGAGCAAAGGGUGACCAAACAAAGACAAUGUAAAAGUUGUGGCAAAGUUGCAGGUCACAAUAGUCGUACGUGUCCACAUAAGAAAAAAUAA